AUGGCUGAGCUUUGGGCCUCGUUGCCGCGGCGCCUUCAGCUACUCUUCGGCGAGGCUGGCGGGGUGAUGCCAAGCUGCGACAAUGGCUGGUCUGAUCCCGAUGUACUGGUUGAUGCCAGUGCGACCUUGACUGCGUUGAAGUCCCGGGCCAUAGUGGAAGCCUCUCGACUUCACAAGCGCAGGGCGCUGGUCCCUGUACCCACGCAGGGUAUGGUGGUGCGAGCAAAUAAGCUGCGCCGAGCACAGGCGCCAGACGCAACCUUCACUACGGCGUGGCGUCGAAAGGCAGGAGCAAUCAAGCGUCGGGGAGUAUGGCCCACAAGGCGGGCUCGGCGCCUGGCAGAGGCGCGUGAUGGAGAGCUGAUUCGUUGGAGGGGUGAGCUGGUGGCCAUCCUUCGGGAUGCCGAUCUGCCGGUUUGCAGUCAAGCAAGUCUAGCCAGCAACCCAGACACUGCUUUGUCGUCAGCCCUGGGUUCGGCAAGGGCUUCCACAAUCAGGAAGCACGUGCGCGAAUUCCGCAAACUCCGUGCGCACUGCUUAGCCACUUCGAAAUCUGGUUGGCCGCGUCACGUGGGCGUGUUUCUGGAUUAUCUACAUGAGCGUCGAAUUGAGCCCUGUGCACGGACGGUUCCAGCUGCCAUCCUGAGUUGCUUGAGUUUUGUCGAAAAGGCUGGCGGCGUCCCUGCAGCUGAGCGGCUAUCCGACAUGCAGAUGGUCAAGAACAGCGUGAACCAGUGUACUGCAGAGCUCGAGACAGGAGCUGAGCCAAAGCGACAAGCGCCCAUGCUGCCGGUGGCUGCCGUAGUGUCUCUGGAGUUGCUAGUCGUCAACGAGGCUGCAGAAUUGUGUGUUCGUGGAUUUGCUUUCUAUAAGUUGUUAAAGCUUUGGACAGCGUGUCGUACUAGCGAUUUGUCUGGGCUGAACCCCUCCACGCUGCGUCUCACCUCGUUGGGUCUACAAGGCAUGUUGGAUCGCACGAAGGUGAGUGGCCCAGGAAAGCGGAUCCGUUAUCUACCUAUAUUUGUGAGCCGUCGUGCAUUCAUUGCCGUGUCUAACUGGUUAAGCGUGGGCUGGGAGAUUUGGAGCUGCGAUAGCAUGCGCUUUGAGCGCGACUUCUUCCUGCCCUUACCGAACAGUGACCGCUCGGGCGUACGGCGGACAAUGGCGGACUACGCGCAGACAGAGUGUCUGCGGCUCUGGAGCGAGCGCUCGGAACGCAACUGGCUGAUAUCCUUGCUUGCUGGUUUGGGCGUGCCGCGUGAACAGAGAGAUUUUGUGGGGCGCUGGCACGCUGCUUCAUCCUCCGACGAGUACAUUCGCGCUGCCAGGGAGAUCGUCUUGCAACUGCAGCAGACUGCUGCGCGUGGCGUAGCUGGGAACGCUGAUCUGUGCCGUGCCGGCAUCGAUGAUCUACUUGAUUUUCUGCAGUCGCAGGGAUACACUGCAGACAUGAUGCAGGCCCAAGACAAGAAGCUGGUGCUUCUUCUUGCAGAAGCGGCAGAUGUCGAUUGGGGCAAGCCAUGGUCCAGGCGUUCCACCGAUGCUCCGUAUUUCAUUUCUGUGGUUGGCAAGAAGCGUUUGCGCCGCCUACGCCGCAAGGGCGGCUGCGGCACAGUGCCUGGCGACCUUCGCGAAACGAUGCCUUUGCUGCAUUUGAGGGGUGCUGAGUACGAUCUGGCCUGCAAGCAUUGCUGGGGUCGGGGCAAAGUCCCAGAUGACAGUGAUGACCUGAUUGAAGCCAGCAGUAGCGAAGGGAGCUCUGUACUGCUUCUUGUCCCGGCUAAUCAUCGGCUGGUGUCUGCUGAUGACGUGACUGUGUAUUACUUAUGCGUACUGCGCCUUCUGUCCGCUGCAAGGUACUGUGGUGCCAUGCCGGGAGCCGAUGAUGCAGCGGUUUUGGCCAAGGUGGAGUCUGAGCUGAAGUUUCAGAUGGAUGAAGCGGGCGUACCCUUACCAAUCCAGCUUCUAGCUUACCGCAAGGGCUUUGACUGCAUCCGUGUCUUUGCGGGCAUCGAUGAGACGAAGGCCGAGGUGCGAAAGGCUCUCAAGGACGAACUCCCACUCGACUAUUCCGCCGAUGCAGAAUCCCGGCGGAACAUGGCCUUGUUGCUCGCGGUGUGGGACGCAUGCCGCUUACAUCUGGCUGUGCAGGAGAAGAACAAGACGGAUGCAAAGUUAGGGGUUCAGGCACGCAAUGUGCCGUCAACGGAGCAUGCGGCCAUGCGGACAGCGGUCGAGAAGAUCUAUGGCAAGCUCAAGGAUAAGGAGCUACCAAGUAAAAUGAUCUUGGCCCGGAAGCUCGAGCAGGGCUGGCGGGUGGGACUUUUGUGUGAAUACAACUCUAGAGACGACAAUGCUCCGCACGCAGAAGACCUCCGUGACGUCACCAGCCUGGAAGACGCGGAGAUGGAGGCUUACAAUGCGUUGAUUGACCCUUCGACCUUUGCGCUCCGCAUCAAGCCGGGGCGUACAACCACCACUCCGCCGGCAAAUCCAGAGGAGUUGCGGAUGCGGCACAGGCGACUUGGGUUCGCGUGGGAAAUGGUCAAGAGCAAGCACUUGUCGCGUUCAUGGCUGCCUGACCGCUGUGUGGAUGCGUUCCGAGAGCUGUCGGAUCAUGUGCUCGGCCCGCGCGUUGCCGGCCUUCGCACUCCAGGUGGUCAGUCGCCGUCUUGGAGCAUGGUUCUUGUGUAUGAGAGCGAGUUGCGCAAGGCGGCCUACCGCUACGUGCGCGAUGGCAUUUCAGCUGAUCUACACGAAGCGCUCAAGCGGGCUUGUGCUGCGCCUGAGAUCAUGAGCACCUUCUUUGUUGUCCCCUUCACAUUGGCGGGGUGUGAGCAAGCAGGCAACGCGGAGUCCAACCCCAUCCCCUUGGUGCCACCGUCGGCGGAGAUUGCGCGGCAGCGCGUUGGAAAGAGUGGCAAGGGAAAGGGCAAGGGCAACCAGGUCAAGAAGAUCAUCGGCAAGUCUUAUCGCACCCCGGAUAACAAGUGCAUUUGCUUCUGGUUUAAUCGCAAGUCGGGUUGUCAGCGUGAGGGUUGUAAGUAUGAGCACGUGUGUCAGCGUUGCUUCGAAAAGCACGCCUAUGUGAACUGCACUCAUGUCCGCCGAGCUGCGGCGGACGAGUGA